UAUUAUAACUUAUUUCUCACAACCAAACAUUCUAUAAAAACUUUUUAUGUUAGAGACGUACCAGGUAAAAACCGUUCGAAAUCCACCGAGGAAAGGAGGAGAAAGUGUGCAACUACCACAACGAAAAAGUAGAGCAACGGUUUUCCAACGUGCUACUCAAGAUUAUACUUUUCAAGUUGAGCAAUUUUUUGGUGAGCGCUACCUCCACCAAUCUAAUAGUAAUUCAGUGCAGAAGUUGGCACUGAAGCUAUUACCUUAAAUGGACUGUGUUGCUUCAUCUGAAUGCAACAGAGAAGGACCAGAUUACUUUGGGCUUUUUGCAUCUGAGGUGGCAGAGUUAAUUACUCAGGAUGAAGAUUUUCUGCCAAUUUCAGAUCAGAUAUUUGAGAAAUCUGGGAAAGUAAACGGCGCUGUUGAACAAAAGAAUAGUAGUAUGAAUAGCUAUAUCACCAAUGAGUUUAAAUAUAUUGGCGGUUGUGCUUCCUUAUUUUCCGAUUGUUUUGGAUCUCAUGUUUCUAAUUUUGGAAAGGAAAGAUUGAAGUUGUUGCUUCGACAAAGUAUUGUUGCCCUUUCAGGGGAAGUUGACGAGAUUCUGGAUCCUGUAUUUUCCGUAUGUCAGUUGCGGUCAUGCCUAAGGUACAAAGAAAAUUUAUUAGAUCAAGAGAACCAUCCUAAGAAGAAGCUCAAAGCAUCCCUUCUCUCAGAUUCAGAAAGAGAGGACUUGAAUAUCUCACCAUCUAGAGGAGAUACUUCGAAUGAUGUUAAAAAACUCGAAAGUAAACAGUUAAAAGAAUCCCCUGCAAAGAAGAACCAAAAUAAAUUGGGUUCAAAUGCUGGAGCAACUCCUGAAGACGGGGAUGUCCACAAUGAUUUGCAGUUUUUGCUACAAACUGAUAGCACAAAGGUUGAGAGUGUGAUGAAGAAGCAUUGUGAUGAACUUUUAGCGACGCUUGGAUACAUGGAGAAGAAGCUGGAAGAACUUCUUGAUGUUGUUAUGUCGAAUUGCAGGUUAAUGACCUUACCUGAAAAAAAACAUCUUCGACAGCUGAUACAGGACCUUCCACCUAAGAAUCUUGAUCAUGUUGUCCAGAUUCUCUGCCGUGGUAAGGAAGUAGAGAAACAUUCUUGCAGUGAGGUGCAUGUUGAUUUAGAAAACGAGGACAAAGCAACACUCUGGAGAUUGUAUUUCUACAUUGAAACAGUUGAAAAUGCUAAGAGGCUUCGCGGGAUAUAAUACUUAAUAGUGACAACUGACGAGGCCCUUCAUGAUAAGGGUGGGCAUGGUAUGGCCUUUAAUGCUUACAAGCUGCAGAAAGACUUAACCAAACUGUACAUGGUGCAAAUCUUUUAGUUGAAAGAAAUCUCUGGUGGUGAUGCCGUCUGAUUCAAAUAUUCUGGAGGCCAAUGGUUGGUUGUAGACUUGUAGUGUAUAGAUAGAACUCAGCCUUGAGUGCAGAUUGCUCGUCUUUGACGACAGAUGCACGAACAUAUAUUAUAUGGUUGUGUACGGUGCCAGUCAGUUUUGGGCCUUUGGCUAUCUGUUAUUUCUAGCAAUGUAGACAAACAACAAUAUGAUGAUUCAGGUACCAACAAUUGUAAAUUGCCUCAUGGUACGUUAUGCACCAGCCACCAGGUGAAACUUUGUCAUUA